GGCGAGGAAAGGCCUGGGGGACGGGCUAACCGGGAUAGAAGGCCUGGCAGCAAGGCGAGAGCGACGCUCAGUGAUCCCCGACCUCGGGUCGUUCCCCCCCCCCCUUUGGAAAAGAGAAAAAAAAAAUCCCCUAAAAGGACCCAGGACCACGCGCCUCCCUAAAAGACCGCCCCUGCUUUUCCCACGAGGGAAGCGCUUGAUUUUUUUUUUUUCCCACGAGGGAAGCGUCUGAUGCGCGACAUGCCGGCCGAUACCCUGGAGAAGCCCAGCGCCUCCCCGCUGGCUGGCGCCCCGGCCAGCUCCAGCCAGACGCCGGACAAGCCCAGGAGCGCCAGCGAGCAUCGCAAGUCCUCAAAACCCAUCAUGGAGAAGAGGCGCCGCGCGCGCAUCAACGAGAGCUUGGGGCAACUCAAGACGCUGAUCCUGGACGCGCUGAAGAAGGAUAGCUCCCGCCACUCGAAGCUGGAGAAGGCUGAUAUCCUGGAAAUGACCGUCAAACACCUGCGGAGCCUUCAGCGGGCCCAGAUGACAGCAGCUCUCAGCGCUGACCCCUCGGUCCUCGGAAAAUACCGCGCCGGAUUCAACGAGUGCAUGAACGAGGUGACCCGUUUCCUGUCCACCUGCGAGGGCGUCAGCUCGGACGUCCGUUCGCGGCUCCUGAGCCAUCUGGCAGCCUGCCUGGGUCAGCUCGUACCUCUGUCCUACCCGCCGCCGCCCUCCGGCCCGCCGCCCACCCACCUGGCCCCUCCGCCGUCCCUGCCCGUCCAGCUGUCCGGUCCUGCAGCCGCCGGCUCCGGCCCCUGCAAGAUGGCCCCGGCCGAGGCCCUGUCCCCCAAACUCUACGGCGGCUUCCAGCUCGUCCCGGCCACCGACGGCCAAUUCGCCUUCCUCAUCCCCGGUCCGGCCUUCGCCUCCUCCCCCGCCGCCGGAGGUCCGGUCCUGCCGCUCUUUGCCAGCCCGUCGGGGCCCAUCGGGGCCGGCGGGGGACCGGGGAGUGCGGGAGGGUCUCCCGCCGCCCCCUCCUCCCCGGUCCAGGGCCUCACGUCCUUCGGGGGCACCGGGAAACGGGCGCCCAGCCCGGGCCUGGACCGCAGCCAGUCCGUCUGGAGGCCUUGGUGACGCCUCCGGCCCCCAACUUCGGGACAAACUUUCUGGGGCGGGGGUGGGAGGGGGGGGGGGUGGGGAGGGAGGGAGAGAAACUUUUGCCAAAGGCGAAACGUGUUUCGUUCCGUUGUAGGGAACGCUUAGGACACUCUUUCUCGAGAGGAUUUUAUUUAUUUCCAGAUGCUGGAAAGUGAAGCUCUAGUUUUUGUUUUUUUUACAGGAAAAUAAACGCCUUUAUCCCAGGGGGAAAAGUCGAUAGAGUGUAUCCACGUCACCGUGUGGUGGCUCGCUGUGUCUCUUCUUUGUCGAGAUUAAAAGAAACAACCAAACUGCGA